AGCGCUGGCUCUUCCUGUACAGACUUGUAAAACAAGAUGGAGUUUCUUAUCGGCAUUCAAGGAGAUGGUUUUGUCUUAGUAGCCGCCGAUUGUGCAAGUGGCCGCAGUAUUGUACGAAUGAAAGAUGAUUAUGACAAGAUGACAAAACUGAGUGACAACCUUUUAAUGCUGGUGACUGGAGAAUCAGGAGACACUGCCCAGUUUGCUGAAUACAUAGAGAAAAAUGUGCAGCUGUAUAAAAUGAGAAAUGGAUAUGAUUUAACCCCUCAUGCUGCAGCAAAUUUCACACGUAGAACAUUAGCAGAGUACCUCAGAAGCAGGACUCCGUAUAUGGUAAACUUGUUGCUUGCUGGUCACAGCAGUAAUGAAGGACCAGCCCUGUAUCAUAUGGACUACCUAGCUGCCCUUUCAAAGGUUCCAUUUGCUGCUCAUGGUUAUGGGUCAUUCUUUGUUCUCAGCAUAAUGGACAGAUACUUUAAACCAAACAUGACCAAGGAUCAGGCCCUUGAGCUUCUAGAGCGCUGUACAAAUGAGGUCCAGAAAAGAUUCAUUGUUAACCUGCCAAACUUCACCGUGCGUGUGGUGGACAAAGAUGGAAUACACGACGUCAAAGUACCAGCUCAAAACUAGCUUAGCUUAGUUUAUCUCUGAAUGUCACUGACUGUUUUUCCUUCUCUUGUCAAUAUGUGGCCUCUCAUGAUGUUUAUUAUCCGCCUAUUUGUGAUGCAAACUGCGAUUGAAAUGGUCCUCGAGAUCAUUGUUCCUAACGAAAGUGUACCGAUAGUGUACCCAGAAUCGCCAUGCUCUUAUACAGCAUGUAUUUAUUGUAUCCUUGUUUUUCUGCAAAGAGGCCUUGAUGUUAUGGAUUACUUAUUCCAUGACAUCAUUUGUGAACUGGGCGCAGACACAUGCUAAAGCCCGAUAAAAGCUUGCUACUUUGGGUAAUAAACCACCCCGGUUAGUGAUUUUACAAUAGACUGUAAUCACCUAUUCCAACAAUGAGAGAAUUUUCGCCAACUCUCUUAAAGGUCAUAACAUUAAACACCUAUGUAUAAUAAAAAAAAACAUGUUGUCAUUACA